AUGUUCAUUCUCACCAAUUUCAAUCUAGAAGAUAAAAUUCUCUUAGACAUUAAAAAAGAACAAGAUACAUUUUCUUUUACACAACAAAUAGAUAACAUUACAAUAAUAGGUAAAGAAAAAGAAUAUAACUGUAAUUUCUAUGUACUAGAAAGUACUGAUGAAGAUGUACUUAAUCUUACAGGACUUGUAAAAUCUACUGUAUUAGAAUGCGAAGUGGUGUAUGAAACAGGUAUUGUACAAAAUGACUACAAUGUCACUGAUCUUAUAAGAUCAUUUGGUAGUAAACACAGUAUUGAAAGAUUAAGGAAUGUAGAGACAGAUGGAUACCUAAAAAGUAUUAAUAAAAAGGUUAGUAAUAAGAUACAAAUACUACCAAAGAUACAAGAUAGUAGUAAUCUACUAGAUAUAUUUUUACUAGAAGAUAUGUUUAAUGAAAAUAUUAUAAAAAUAUUUAGUAAAAUAAAUAUAGAAAAUGUAGAUCUAUUAGAUGUCACUAAGAGAUUCUAUGAUGGUGCACCUGAUAAAUGUACUAGAAUCUUAUUACUCGAUGCACUACUAAAACUACUUAACUUUAAAUUUAUUACUGAUGAUGUAUUUGAUACAUCUUCUUAUUCAUGUUUAAUACCUUUUAUUAAAGAUGAUAUAGAGAAUAGAAGACUUUCUAAGAUAUCUAGAGAUAAAUUGAUAAUAAAAGUAUAUAUUCUUAUUUUACAACUUAGUGAAGGAAAAGUAAAGUUAAGUAGUGUACCAUCUUUUAAUCAGAAAAUAGAUACAGUAAUAAGUUACUUUAGACUAUUAGGAUGUAUUUAUAAUAGAAAUACAGAUGAGAUAAAGUUGGUGAAUAAACCUAUGGAGUACAUUAAAUGA